GAGGAGGAGGAGGAGGAGGAUGGGUCCGUCCCCCCAGCGCUUGCCAGGCUCCAUGUCCUGCUCAGCACCAUCCUCACCGCGUGGGAAUGAAGCAGCAGACUGGGCUGCCAAGCCAGGAAGGGGGGGUUUAAUCUCUGGGGCAGAUGAAGAGGCUCUGAAGAGACUGAAGAGGCUCUGAAGAGAUUCCUGUUUGCUGUCGACUGUCCGGGGAGGAUUUGCCAGCAUGCAAGGCGCAGGAGAAGGGAAGGAGGAUGAAGAGCUGGAGGCUCCGGAGGCUCCAUCCCCUGGGAAGAGCCGAGGCUCAGGAGCAGCAGGCAGAGGGUGGGCGUGGGGAGUGGUGUUUCACUUCUUCCUGGUCAAUGUGCUGGUGAUGGGGAUGCUCAAGACCUUUGGGAUUUUCUUCGUGGCUUUCCGAGAUGAGAUGGGGGGAUCUUCGGAGCAGCUCAGCUGGAUCGGCUCCAUCAUGUCCUCCCUGCGCUUCCUGGGAGCCCCGCUGGUGGCCGUGGUGUGCCGGCGCCUGGGAGAGCGGCCGACCUCCAUCCUCGGGGCCGGGCUGGUGGCCGGGGGCUGCCUGCUCAGCACUCAGGCCACCAGUGUCCCCUUCCUCUGCUUCUCCAUGGGCUUCCUGCUGGGGAUGGGCUUUGCCUGCCUGUACCAGGCGGCCGCGGUGAUGACGGCCAAGCGCUGCCGGGCUCGCCUGGCCUUCUGCAACGCCCUGGCCCGCUCCGGCAUGGGGCUGACCUUCCUCAUGGCUCCCUUCACUCAGCUCCUCAUCGAGGCCUACGGCUGGCAAGGUACUCUGCUGAUUUUUGGAGGCAUCAUGCUGAACCUGGUGCCUUCCAGCAUGCUGCUGUGGCCUGCCAGCCCCCAGCUGCCUCGGGAAUCUGCCAAAAACCAGCACCGGGGGUCUUCAGGGGCAAAGAAAGAUCCAGAAACUCCUGGUGGAUGUUUAGAUGGAAGCACUCAGAGGGAAUUACAGCUUCUCCAUCCACAGGAGGCUUCCACCACAGAGAAACUCGUGAUGUCUCAUGGCAGAGAUGUCUCUGACCCAGCAAAUCCAUCUGCCUCGGGAAGGCAGCAGAAACCCAGCCCAGAGAGCUCCUCCUCAGAAUCCCCCAGCGAGGCCCAGAGCCACCAGCCCCCUGCAGCCACCAAAAAGGAACCUUCUCAGCCUCUCCUGGACUUCUCCCCGCUGAAGGAUCCCGUUUUCUUCAUCUUCACCUGGUCUUUCCUGUUCAGCCACUUGGCCUAUUUCGUGCCCUUCUUCCACCUGGUGGCCAGAGCCAGGACGCUGGGCAUGAGCAGCAGGGACGGCUCCUACCUCAUCGCCGUGGCUGGCAUCACGGAGAUGCUGAGCCAGCUGCUCUCGGGCUGGCUGGCCGACCACAACUGGACCAAGAAGUACCAUUUCCAUGUCACCUACCUGCUCCUCAGCGGGGCCACCAACCUGCUGGGGCCGCUGGCCACCUCCUUCCCGCUGCUGCUGGCCUACACCGUGGCCUCUGCCAUCUUCUGUGGAGGCUUCAUGGCCCUGGUGCUGCCCGUGCUGGUGAGUGCUGCUGUGCCCAGCCAGGCUCUGCCUGCUGCUCCAUCCCACAAUCUUCUGGAACAGCCACAACCAUCCCACAAUCUUCUGGAACAGCCAGAACCAGAACCAUUCCAGAAUCACCUGGAAUACCUGAACCAGAACCAUUCCAGAAUCUUCUGGAACAGCCAGAACUGCAGCAGGAUCCUGCUGGAUGCUCCACAGGGAUGCUCCCAGGGCUGCAGCCAGCCUGGAGAGCUGGGGGUGCCCAGCCUGGAGAGGAGAAGGCUCCAGGGAGAGCUCAGAGCCUCUGCCAGAGCUUAAAGGGAUCCAGGAGAUUCCCUAAGAGUCCCUUCCAGAGUUGAAGGGGAUCCAGGAGAUUCCUUAGAGCACCUUCCAGAGCUAAAAGGGAUCCAGGAAAUUCCCUCAGAGCCUUUUCCAGAGCCUAAAGGGAUCCAGGAGAUCCUCUCCCCUAAGAGCCCCAUUCAGAGCCAAAGGGGAUCCAAGGAGAGCUCAGAGCCCCUGCCAGGGCCUAAAGGGGAUCAAGGAGAUUCCAUUAGAGUCCCUUCCAGAGGUAAAAGGGAUCCAGGAGAUUCCCUUGGAGCCCCUUCCAGAGCUAAAGGGGAUCUAGGAGAGCUGGAGAGGGACUGGGGACAAAGGAUUGAGGGACAGGACACAAGGAAUGGCUUCCCACUGC